AUGGUCAACACAAGCACCGUGGUGACGGCAUCAGUCGCAACCAUCGCGACAGGCCUCGUCGCAUACGCCGCAUACUUUGACUACAAGCGACGAAGAGACGCCGAGUUCCGCCGCAACCUGAGAAGGAACGAGCGCAAGCAGGUGCGCGCCGAGAAGGAGGAGGCCGAGGCCUCAACACAGCGGCUGCGAAGCCUCAUCAAGGCCAAGGUCGACGAGGCCAAGGAGGAGGGCUUCCCUGCCGGCGUGGAGGAGCGGGAGGCCUUUUUCAACGAGCAGGUCAUGACGGGCGAGAUGCUGAGCCAGGAUCCUUCUAAGAUGAUUGAUUCUGCGCUCGCCUUCUACAAGGGCCUCAAGGUGUAUCCUGCUCCCGGCGACCUGAUCAAGAUCUACGACAGCACCGUUCCCAAGCCCAUAUUAGACAUUCUGGCCGACAUGAUUGCGUACGACGGCGACAUCAUGGUCCGCACCCGUCCCUCAUCCUCGGGCCCCAUCAACCUGGGCGAGAUUCCCAACGUCGGCCUCGACUAAGCCAAUACUCACGAGGUCUCAAUCGACGAAACGGAACAAAAGACUCUUGACAUAAAAUCACAGUCUCCGCUCCACUCAACUGGAAAACACACAAAAAGGAGGAAGGAGAAAAGAGGUGAAAUCCAUCACUUUUCC